AUGCCUUUCAAGCCCUUCGCACACCUCGCUCGAGUUAGUAUCGCGAAAGGAAUUGGCCAUACCUACGCUCCAUCCGUUGUCGCUGCACCUUCGACCCUCGGGCUUAACAACAAUCACAGUGUUGCCAAAUUCACCAAAGGCGCACACCUACAGCAGACCUUCACUGGUACCGGGUCGUCUGGCGCAGGCGCCAAAGCCGGUUAUUCUACACAAGCCUCAACCGGGGAUUCGGGUCUUGCGCAAUACUAUGCUGCCUGGCAACAUGCCCAGCAGACUGGAGAUGACUCCGACUUCAAGCAGCACCUGAGUGCUCGGACCGUCUCGUGGAAGCAGCCGGAGAACAAUGUACAGCGCCUCGAGUCUCCACGACCCAUCGACCUUCUACGACUUCCGACCAGACCCGCGCUCAGCCGAGUCCAGAGCGAGAGUGUCAUUCAUGAUGGAAAAUCCUCGGAUGAGGUGGUGGUUCUGAAUGACAAGGCCGCCGAAGUCGAGUACAUUCAAGUCUCCCGUGACCUGGCCGAUGAGUUUGCCGUCGAGAGCGAAGUCGGAACACCGUUAGCCAGUUCUCGCGCGGCCUCUCCAGCGAUUGAGAAGUCGACCAAGUCUACCGAAUCCCAAUCCGAGUCGCUCACUGAUGCUACAUCAGCCGCGUCCGAGGAAGCCUACCUUUUGUCAGACAAGAUUGUGAAGCUUGGGCAGCAGCGUCGAUAUGCUGAGAUUCCCGCCAUAUACCAGAACAUUGUCGAAGAAGGUCUUAUCCCCUCGGUCGAUGCGUACAACCACAUACUGGUGUCCGCUAUCCACCUGCAUGUCAACUACGAACCAUGGCACAAGGCUCUCGUCAUUUGGUCGGAUAUGACUCAGCGGGCAGUCCAACCGAAUGAUGCAACUUACGGUAUCCUGAUCGAGUUCCUCACCUCCACUGCUCUCCACGUUCAGCGAGUUCAAAAGCUCCUCGACGAGCGCGCUACCAGAUAUGGUACUCGUUCGCAGCCUUUUGUGCUCAGCUCUGCUGCUCAUGAGCAGCAACUGUACGCUGACGACACCUCGCUGAGCUUUGCUAACAAGUUUUACAACAUCGCCCGUGGCACCAUCAAAGAUUUCUCACUAUCGGCUGCGGCGUACAAUGGCUUGGCCCGUGCUUGUGCUCAGUCCGGAAUGUUUGAGCAGCUCACAACACUCCUGUCCGAUAUGAAGCUCAACCAGGUACGCAUCGAUCCUCGAAACUAUACCUAUAUCAUCGACGCCUAUGCUUCCGCCAGAGAUUCCUCGGCCGCGCAGAAAGUCUACGAGGAGUAUCGCGAGUUUGCUAUAACUAGGGCCGCCAACGAUCCCUUGGAUAUGAGGGUGUAUGCUUCUCUGAUUAAGGCGUAUCACGCUGCAGACCAGGCCGACACUGGCCUCAACUUUUACCAAAAGGUGCUCGACUCUUUCAAUGGCUCGGCCAACCAGGAGAUACUAUCCAACAACCUGACGGCUGCUUUCGUCCUCGAAGGCUUGGUCCAAUACCACAUUGACAACCAGGCCUUCGCUACCGCCGUCACGUCCAUUGAUGCUUUCUCGCCUGAAUCACAUGUUCGUGAACAAGCUCUUAGCAAAAUUGCUUCUGCUGCUGCCGACGCCAACAGCAUUGCGGAUGCUAUUGUUGCCUACCAUGCCAUCUCAGUGGCCGAGGCUAAGUCUACUUCGAUCAUGGCUAUGACAGCCAUGCAUCUACGGGCCAAGGACUUUCGUUCAGCCCGGGCAAUCUGGAGUGAGUCCAAGUUUGUACCUGUUCGUCCGACCACCGACUUUGCAACCAUGUAUGGUAUGGCGCUGAUUCGGGAGGGAGCUAUCGAUGAGGCCAUCAAUGAAGCUCGCGACAUGUUCAACAUCAUUAGGAGCUCGGCAACUAGUCAAGCAAGCCGCAACAUUGCUAUGUCCGAGAUCGAUGAGGCCGUCAUCCUCUUUGGCGAAGCUCUUCGAAAGACACAAGCCCGAGUUUCAGCUCAGUCGAGUGUCAGCUUACUUCGGGCGAUGAUCGAGAACGGUGGGCUUGUGUCACCGGUUGCGGAGCACGCUGUGGCCAGUCUGCAGCCUGAUUGUGUUCACCAACUCAGCGCUCAGGACAUCGGCAUUGCUCUUCAUGUUCAAGCUCAGAUUCUCACAACUGAUCAGUCCAUCAGCAUGGACAACGCUCACAACCAGCGCUUUGCCCAUCUCGUCGAGACGGCUAUCAACCGUGCAAUUCCUCUUGACCCUUCGACCCCUCCCGUCGUUGGAGAGGCAAUUCCUCAGAUUGCUGCCCUCCGUCCCGAUCUUGUUCAGCGAUGGCACGAUUACCGCAAUCCCGCUCCCAAGCCUGCUCCCUCUCUACCUGCAACCCCCAUCACGCCUCAUGUUGGCUUCGUUGAGCAACCACCAGUCGUUGACACCUACGACCCAUAUGCUCAGCUGACGGAUUUCCGGGCUUCCAAGAUUAUUUCGGAACUGCUAGAGAGCACCACUGGUCGUAUCGAGAACCACCUCAGCGACUCUCUCUCGCGCCUUCGCAACGUGCGUCGUGCUGGUCGACAUCUUCAUUACACUGCGUACGGCAAACUGCUCACAGCAGCUGGCAAGGCAAAACAGACUAACCGCGUUGCGGAUAUUCUGGCUAUGGCCAAGCAUGACGUGCCCUUCAACCCUGAAAUUCAAGCUGUCAGAGCAGGCUGGAUUGGUAUCAUCGAUUCGGCUGUCGCGGCUUAUUUGACUGCUGGUGACCGACAGACGGCUACCAAGUACCACGAACAGCUCUUGGAGAUGGGUGCGGCUCCUUCCGCCAAUACCUUCGGCAUCUACAUCACCACCCUGGCAAACACAUUUGAUGAAGCAACCGAGGCUGUCAAGAUCUUCCAACGUGCCAUCUCCGAGGGUGUUACUCCUAGCGUGUUCUUGUACAAUGCUGUCAUUGGGAAGCUUGGCAAGGCCCGGCGAAUCGACGACUGCCUGCGGUACUUUGGGGAGAUGCAGAGCAUGGGCAUGCGUCCGUCCUCGGUCACUUACGGCACACUUGUCAACGCUCUCUGUCGCACCAGCGAGGAGACUUUUGCCGUUGAGAUGUUCGAUGAGAUGGAAGCCGCCCCAAACUACCGGCCGCGUCCGGCCCCCUACAAUUCGAUCAUCCAGUACUUCCUCAACACCAAGCGCGACCGUAGUAAGGUGCUCGAGUACUACGAGCGGAUGAAGUCUCGCAACAUCAAGCCUACUUCGCACACCUAUAAGCUGCUCAUCGAAGCGCAUGCAUCGCUGGAGCCUGUUGAUCUUGUCGCCGCUGAAGGUAUUCUUGCGGAGAUGAAGGCGGCUGGUGUCAUGCCCGAGGCAGUACACUACGGCACACUCAUCCAUGCCAAGGGCUGCGUCAUGCACGACAUGGAGGGCGCGCGAUCGCUUUUCAACUCGAUUGUUGCUGGCGGCAUCAUCAAACCCACCGACAAUCUCUAUCAGAACCUGCUUGAGGCCAUGGUCGCCAAUCACGAGGUGACCAAGACUCAAGAUGUUCUCGAUGACAUGAAUCGUCGCGGCGUGCGCAUGACACCAUAUAUUGCGAAUACUCUCAUUCACGGCUGGGCCGGUGAAGGUGACGUUGCGAAGGCUAAGACCAUCUUCAACGAGCUAGGAGCUGACAAGUGCGAACCCAGCACAUACGAAGCUAUGACUCGUGCAUUCUUGUCGGUCGAAGACCGCGAGAGUGCCAACGCUGUCGUGCAGCAGAUGCUCCUCAAGGGAUACCCUGCUGCCGUAUCAGAGAAGGUGCUUGCGCUUGUCGGUGGCGCGGCUGCUUAA